GAUUUAAUGAUGGGGCAUCAAAUAUUUGAUGAACGAAAUCUUACUUCAGAUAUACAAUGUAGAAAAUUACCAGAAGUAAAAGAACAUAGAGCCCUUAACGUUAUAGACUAUUUUAAGUUUGCACCACUACAAUAUAAGUGUCCCGAUAAUUCUUAUUUGACUCUUUUUGAUGUUUUUCGUUUCAUGAAAUAUAAUUUUGAUUCGAAACAAUUACAAGGAUAUCAAGAGCUAGUUUUAGCUUCAACUAUUCGGCCAAUCUUAAUACUUGUCCGUAUGUAUGCUUCAUUUUCAAAGAUAUUUAUUCAUUUUUACGAUUGUAACAAGAAUAAUACAAAUAAAAAUUUAAAUGAAAUCCGUAACAAUAUGUCUGAAAUUGGUACUAUGAUAAUCAAACAAAUUGAAUAUUUUAAUAAUCUAAAUCUGUUUCAAAAACGACCAAAAACCUAUUUAGAUAAUCUUAGUAUUGAUAUAUGUAAUGUUUUCAUUGAGAAUAAAAUAUCUUGCAAUACAGUUCAUAGCAUAAUGUCUUCUACGAAUGCCUUUUUGAAGAAAAAUAAAUUAAAUAACUACUUUGGUAUAAUAUCAGAUAUUACAAUUAAAUGUGAUAAUGUUGAUCAAAUCUAUAACGAGUUCGUCCAGCUUGUAAAUAUAAAGUCAACAUACUUAAUUGAACUGGAGAAAUACAAGGAAACGAUUUAUACAGUUAAUAAAACGCGAAAAAUAAAUUUCUUAUAUUUUGUUGCUAUUUGUAAAGAUUUAUUUAAUCCCAUACCAACUAUGAUAAAUCGUUUAUGCAGUCAAAAUAUAUAUACUGAAAUAUAUAAUAUAGAGGAUUCUGAAUCUGUUGAUGAUAAAAAAACUACCAUUAAUACGUUAUAUCAUGACAAUGUUAACAACACAAAACAAACAAAUAAUCAAAAUGCUACAGAUUCGACAAAAAAUAAAAACCCACUGCCAAGUUAUAUGAUUGAUUACAUACUUUUUAUUUAAUUUUCAUAUGUAAUCCAGUAUAUGUUUGUUAAUAUUUAUAAAAAUUUGUGUUAUUAUUAAUUUAAAUUUAAAUUUUUUUUGCUUUUAUUAGUCCAUUGAAGGCCAUAGUGACCUCUCCCUAAGAGGAAGUUUUCUUAACCAUUUAUACUCCGGGUCGGGUGGUUAAUCUGUCGCCGGAGAGUGGGAUGGCGACUCCAAUUACCGAACUGAUCUCUCGUUCGGCAAAUGAAGCCGCCCGUGACCAAGUUUCGAACUCGAGGCAGCGCACGUCAAGCACUGCCGCGUUACUGACUCGGCCACA